AUGUCGUCCAUCAUCACUUCCAUCAAAGACCUUAUCUCGUCUAUAUUCGAGCUCAUAUUCUCGGUAUUUCGGACGGGAUUCAAUGCAGUCUACGGCCUCCUCCAUGCCAUUAUCGACUUCAUCGUUGGUACCUUCCAGAUGGCGCUAUAUGCAGUUGGAGAUACCUUGAAAGCCUUGGGAGGAGUAGGCAAAUUCAUCGCCAGCAAUAUUGUUGUGAUCGCACUUAUUGCUGCUGGUGGGUACGGUUAUUUGCAAUAUCAACGUCGCCAGGGACGCACUGUCCAAGUCGGAGAUAAGAAGCUGAACUAG